AUGCUAUUAACUCCAGACGUUCCUUCAAAGCAAACGGUAUGUCAGGUAUGUGCUUAAAUGGAUGAGUGGAAGCACGGGCAGCAAGAUGGCGAUUUUUGAGCUCCCGACAAAUUGAAUGUUAAAAGUGAAAUAUUUUCACAAUAACUUCACAUUCUUUGUUUGUUUUUCGUUAAUUCUAACCUUUACAAAGACCUUCAUCUAAAGAUGGAUGAAAAGAUGCUUACAAAUCUUAUUGAGAAGCUUUUAGACAAGAAACUUAAUCCUAUCCUUGAGACCCUCGACGAAGUAAAAAACAAGGUGGCCACAAUCGAUAAAAUAGAGCAAUCUCUAUCAUUUCUGAGCGAUAAAUAUGAUGAUCUCCUUCUAAAAGUGAUAGCUAUGGAAGAUUUUAACAACGAAUUAGCUAAAGAAAAUAAAUUCCUUAAAGAAUCUCUACUUAGUUCUACCAACAACAUUGAGUUGAUGAAACAAGAUCUGAAUAACCUAGAACAGUACUCUAGGAGAGAAUGCCUUGAAAUCCGAGGUAUACCGGUGCUACCCGGAGAAAAGACAAAUGAAAUUGUUCGGAAAGUUGGUGAAGUAAUUGGUAUUGCAAUUGAAUCUAACGACAUAUCCAUAAGUCAUCGUCUGCCUGCUAAUCGAAAUAAUAGUCGAAACACGGAACCCGCCAUUAUCGCCAAAUUUAUUCGGCGUGAUAUUCCAGAUCAACUGUACAAGGCAAGGAAGAAUCUCCGUCAAAUUACAACACGAGAUAUUGGUAUUCUCAGAACUGCUGAACGUAAAAUUUAUAUAGCAGAAAGCCUAACCCAGGCAAACAAGAAAUUAUUUAACAAGUGCCUCGAAUUCAAGAAACAGCAACAUUAUAAGUUUAUCUGGACAGUAAAUGGAAAGAUUUUUUUACACAAAGAUGAGUCUAGCCCUUCAAUUGGUAUCACACACAUCAGAGACAUUCCAAUGGCUGGAUAA